AUGUGUAGUUCUCCUCAUCCAACUUCGACCUUCCUCUCGAGCCACAAUCUUGCUUAUCCGUCGAAGCUGCCCAAGUAUAUUUACAAUUCGGCCAACAUGAAACCAGCAUCAGCAGUCAUAAUCUCACAUCUGGUCACCGCAUUAGCUGCUCCCACAUGGACAGGCACAGGUCCCCCAGAUGUAGUCAGACGAAGUGACACAUGGAUUGGAAGCAGGGGCACUGCCAGCCUGAACCAGGCACAGGUGGAGCAAAUUGGCAAAGAUAUCCGUAUGCAUAACUCACGAUCAGAACUAUCACGGGGGUAUUGGGGGUGCUAA